AUGGGGAAGAGCGGGGGCAAUGGGGAAAAGCGGGGGGCAGCGGGGAAGAGCGGGGGGCAACGGGCAUCGGGGACAGCGGGGAAGAGCGGGGGCAGCGGGGAAGAGCGGGGGGCAAGCGGGGGGCAGCGGGGAGGAACAGGGGGCAGCGGGAAUCAGCGGGAGCAGCGGGGACAGCGGGGGCAGCGGGGAAGAGCGGGGAACAGCGGGGAACAGCGGGGGCAGCGGGGGCAACGCGGAAGAGCGGGAGGCAGCGGGGAAGUGCGGGGGCAACGGGGAAGAGCGGGUGGCAGCGGGGAAGACCGGGGGGCAGCGGGCAUUGGGGGCAGCGGGGAAGAAGCGGGGACAGCGGGGAAGAGCUGGAGCAACGGGGAAGAACGGGGACAGCGGGGGCAGCGGGGGAUGCGGGGGCAAUGGGGAAGAGCGGGGGCAAUGGGGAAAAGCGGGGGGCAGCGGGGAAGAGCGGGGGGCAACGGGCAUCGGGGACAGCGGGGAAGAGCGGGGGCAGCGGGGAAGAGCGGGGGGCAGUGGGGACGAGCGGGGGCAACGGGGAAGAGCGGGGGGGCAGGCAGCGGGGAAGUGCGGGGGCAGCGGGGAAGAGCGGGGGCAGCGGGG